AUGGCCUCGAACCGACGCUGGCCAGUGUUGGCGGCCAUAGUGGCCAGCACGUCCGUUUCCCAGUUCUGUUUCUUACAAAGGCCGGCAAUCUUGUGUGGCACCGCAGUGACAAGAUCACGGCUAGACAGACCGCUUCGGAGGGCAGAGGAGGAAGAAAGUGCGGCAGCGGACGACAGCAGUGCCUGGUGGAACGAUCCAGAAACCGCCUCCCUGGUCGACAAGCUCCAGGUUGAAGAGACCACCGACGCGUUGCAGAAGCUGCGGAGGCAGAUGACGCUGGAAGAGCAAGCCUUCGACCAGGAAAUCGAAGAUGUCAUCAUAGCUGGGAAGCGCGCCUUGCUCAAGCUGCGCAUGCAGCGUGCCGUGGAGAUGCCUGGGAUGAAGACGCACAUGUUCAAGAAGAUCCGAAAGCAGGUUGCCCGAGCAAUGACCCUGAGGCGCCAGCGCGAGAUCGCGCGCGGCAUCACCAGGGAGCAGAGCCGCCGCAUGCGCCGGCGACGGCGCCUGGAGUUGAAGGUGAAGUACGAGGAUGCCUAUGGCGGAGAGCGACCAGGACCCAAGUCAAACAGAUGGCUCCGCCGCAUGGGGCGGAUUGUGUGA